ACAAGAGGCUUUAAGUGCUCUGAUGAACACGCGCAUGGCAGAGGGUACACCCGUAAGGGAGCAUGCUCUCAAGGUCAUGGCGCAGCUGAAUGAGCUAGAGGUUCUUGGAGGUUUUAUUGACGGGGAAACCGAGGUUGAUAUCAUGCUCCAAUCUCUGCCGAAGAGUUUUGAUCAGUUCCGGUUGAACUAUAACAUGCACAAGAUGCAUAUGGCUCUUCCGAAAUCAGUUGUGAUGGUUGCCGAGCAAGCCGGACCUUCCAGGCCUCACAAGGGAAGGAAGAGGAAGAAGGCUGCAGGAAAGGCAAAGGCACAGAGCACCCAGUUAGUGCCUCAACAGGCUGUGGCAAAGAAGCCGAAAGGUAGAUGCCACAAAUGCAAUAAGUCAGGGCACUGGAAGGUCGAUUGUCCUCUCCUCAAGAAGGGCAAAGAAGGUAACUCUCAUACUUUCAUCGUAGAAACAUGUUUAGCGAUUGUAUCUACCAGUACCUG